AUGUCGAACGUUAGGACUACUGGAGGCCCCUCUCUUUUCUCUCUGGCUAUACCGAUUUUAGCCGGGGCUUUGGCUUUCCUACAGCCUCAACCCCUUUUCAAUGCGGUGGGCAAGGUCAACGUCAACCCCGGAAAGGUGACUCGCUGGGUCAACAGUAGUGCUGUGAACAACGAGCGAUGCACAGUCCACUAUGAGGGUGACGCUUGCGAAGACGUGAAAAUCCACUUUGCCAGCAACACGGCGUUCGUGGCCUGCGGCAAUCCCGAGGAGCGCACGAAAUGGUAUCCAGCAUCCGGACGCUACGAUGCCGCUUCCCGGGAGGAGGCGUCAUUCAAAGAGUAUCUGCUGAAGUAUGACAUCAAACGGAGAGAGACAACGAAGCUGAAGGUUCACGGAUUGGAUGGUGAUUUCAUCACUCACGGCAUAGACAUAUACUCGUUCCCCGACGAUCCUACCAAGAUACACAUCUUUGCAGUGAACCAUGCUCGAUCGGGGGACUCCAUCUCGAUCUUCUCGCACACCUUAGGCUCCGAUAACGUCGUACUUGUAAAGGACGUCAAACAUGCUGGUAUAUACAACGCGAACGGCGUCGCGGCUACUGGACCUCUAAACUUUUAUACGACCAACGACCACUACUUCACCGCCAAGGACGGGAUUUUCCGCCGAUUCGAGGAUUCAUACGGCCCUUGGACUUGGGCGACGAACGUUCAGCACUGCGAUGCCAGCGGGCCAAAAGUGACAUGUCGUCGGGUUUCAGAUACACAUCCAGGAGCCAAUGGUAUACUUAUCUCAGACGAUGAGCUAUAUGUGGGCGACUGUCGCACGGGGGACGCUCGGGUAUACGAGAUACAACCGGACCACAGCCUGAUCAACACCGCUACCAUUCAUCUGGGAGCAGCCGCUGAUAACAUUAACAUCAUUCCAACAACACGGGACGUAGUCGUUACCGGCUAUCGCAGACUAACUGGGCCCUCCUAG